AAAAAUAUUAUGUUUAUUAUAAUAGACAACCAGAAUAUACCCCCGGGAUGUAUAGUAUGUGCCUGGUGCGCCAAGAUUGGUAUGAAAUUGUUUACGCUGCGAACGGCCACCGGAUGUAAAGCUUUUUGCAGAAGAGCCUCAUUUAAGAAGAAUAAGAUAUGCGACUGGUGCAAACACGUUAGACAUACUGUUAAUUACGUUGACUUUCAAGACGGCGAACAGCAGUUGCAGUUCUGCAGCAAUAAGUGUUUAAAUCAAUACAAAAUGAAUAUAUUCUGCAAUGAGACCAAAGCGCACCUACACCUCAGCCCUACUAUGAUGAAGGACACCACUAAAUUAGCGCCGGUAUCCUCAAAACAGUCAUCGAAUUUAAUAACACCUGAGCUGUGGCUGAAAGACUUGAAAAAUGGAGAAAAUGAAAGCAAUUCUGCGAACAGUUUCAUUGAAACCUCGGAUUCAGAGCUGGAUCUAGACUUAGAGGACUCGCAGCCAUUGCCUCCACUACCGCUUAAACGCAGGUUCACUGAGUUGUCAAAAGACACUGAUUUAAAAUCUAGUGAAAAACCAAAAGACAAUUCAGUCAAAGAUAAGAUUCAAUCACCAAAAGAUUCAAAACGUGCCAAACAUUCACAUAAACUCCCGAAUAGUAAUCGCCAGAUAUCUGGCGCUAAACCCAUAGACAAGUCUUCGGCGAACUUUCACUCGCCUUCAUAUGUAGGACACGCCAGACAUUCACCAAUUCCCACAUCAGUUGCAUCGUUGCCGCGCUCCUCAAUGGUUGCG